UGGUCCAUGUAAACUGGUGACAAUUUUUUUUUGGUGACUAUUUUUUUUCCAGAGUGAUGACUGGUGACAACUUACUUACUUCAUUUUAUAUUGACGUGCGUCUGUAUGCCCCUCCCCCUCCUUGAAAAAAAAACCAGAUCAAGCGCAUUACUCAUACAUAAACAUUAGGGGAAAUCAUACUGUUUUCAAAGAUGAGCAGUUUGAGUAGCACAAAACUUCAUGUAUCCAUGUUUCCCUGGUUUGCCUUUGGCCAUUUCAUUCCCUACCUUCAACUUUCUAAUGAGCUUGCGCAGAGAGGCCAUAGAGUGUCCUUCUUACUGCCCAAAGGAGCACAAGCAAAGCUACAACAUCUCAACCAUUAUCCAAACCUUAUCAACUUCUAUCCUCUUCUCGUUCCCCAUGUAGAUGGACUACCCCUUGGUGCUGAGACUGCCUCGGAUGUUCCUUUUCCACUUCAUAUGCACCUUGCUAUUGCUUUCGAUCGAACCCAAAACCAAGUUGAAACCAUUCUUACCACUCUCAAGCCUCACUUCAUCUUCUUUGAUUUCAGUCAUUGGAUGCCAGUUUUGGCACACCAACUUGGCAGCAAGGCCAUACACUAUUCGAUGGUAAGCGCCGCCACACUUGCGUUACGUAUGGUCCCUGCUAGGAAGAUUGCAAAGCAUAUGACUAAUGAAGAGCUAAUCGAACCGCCUCCUGGCUAUCCUUCUUUGUUAGUGCUACUAAAACACAAGGAAUUCGAAAUUGCAACAGUAAAAAUACUUGCCGAAGAUCAUAACGGAACUGGGGUUCCCAGUUGGUACUCUCGAAUUACCUCUAGCAUGAAAGGGGGUGAUGCAAUUGCCUUAAGGACAUAUCAUGAGGUUGAGGGGCCUUAUUGUGACUAUCUAAGGCAGCAGUACGCUAAGCUUGUGUUGCUAACAGGACCUGUCCUGCCAGAAACACCGGCCACAAAGCUAGACGAAAAAUGGACUAAUUGGUUAUGCAAUUUUAAGCAAGGUACUGUGGUGUAUUGUGCAUUUGGCAGUCAAAAUAUACUACAAAAGGACCAGUUUCAAGAGCUGCUUUUGGGUUUUGAGUUAUGUGGGCAACCAUUUUUGGUGGCACUUAGUACUCCAGAUGGAUUCGCAACAAUUGAAGAAGCUUUGCCAGAGGGGUUUGAAGAGAGAGUUAAAGGGAGAGGGUGGGUGUAUGGGGGUUGGGUGCCACAAACAUUGAUAUUGGAGCACCCAUCUGUUGGUUGUUCUGUGACCCAUUGUGGUUAUGGGUCCAUGUGGGAGUCUCUUCUUAGUGAUUGCCAAAUAGUAUGUGUUCCAUACCUUGGUGAUCAAAUUUUGAAUGCCAGAUUGAUGGUGGAAGAACUCAAGGUUGCAGUGGAGGUGGAGAGAAAAGAUAAUGGUUGGAUUUCAAAGGAGAGUUUGAGUGAGGCCAUUAUCUCUGUGAUGGACAAAGACACUAGUGGGAUUGUGAAACAUAAUCACGCCAAGUUGAAGGAGGUAAUUACUCACGAAGGCAUGCAAGAGAGAUAUUUGGACACUUUCAUUCAGAGCCUACAAGGUCUUUUGGAUCGAUUGGGUGACUGAAUGAACUCGACUACACCUUAAUUCCUUGCCCUAAGAAGAACAGUAGAUGUUAUGUCCACUCACGGGUUGCUAGUUGCUGCUGGAGUCCUACUGCACCUAUGGCAAGUCCUGUAUCAGAAGUGGAUUAUCUAGCUAUAUUUUAUUCAUAAUUUUAUGUAUUGCUAUUAUUUGUUUUAUUUUAUAUGUUGCUGUCAUUUGUUUGAGUCCUUGAUGUUGAUAAUUGAUUAAUGUGUGGGAUAACAUUUGAUUAUCCUUAUCAGUUAGGAACUGUUUUUGGGAGGUCUGGUAUUUCAUCCAAGUAAAACCAUACUCCCCUGCUUUUCACAGAGAGCUAUGGCACUUCACCAUAGCUCCCCAUGAUAGACGAAAAAUAAAAGUUAAAUAAUACAUAAAUACUUAAAUUUAUGUAAUUCAAAGUUUAUUAAUGAUGUCAUAACUAUAAAAGUUAGAUGAU